ACGUGAACAGCGUCAUCCAAUCAGCUGGUAAAUUUUAUAAACCCGCCGCUUGACUGAGUCUUUCCGUUGUUCCUUGUUGUUCGGCUAUUUUUAUAUAUUGUAUUUAUAUUUGGGUUACAAAAAAAUGUGACAUAUUUAAUUAUUUUUGAAAGUGUUUGUUUUAUCCUUGUGUAUUUAGUGGUUUAUUGUCUGUCCGUGAAGUUUUCCAAAAAAAUAAUGUCGCCAUUUUGACCAAAUGAUAAAAUAAUUGGAGUUGAGUAUAUUAUUUAGUUUGAUCGUCAAAAGAUUGCAAUCUUCAUUUCUCAAUAGUAAUCUAAAUGGAUGUAAUUAGCAGCGACUGCAGAGAAAAUGUCCCAGAAAAAUAGUACCGUAAAUUUUGUAAUUCAUGACGCCAAUGGACAGCCUCAGAUGGUUAAAGUAGUUCAAAAUACUGGUAAUCAACCUAUUGCUCAAAUAAAAUUAAAAGGAAACCCUGUGAAACUGAUUAAAGUACCAACAACAUCAAAAGGGAAUGCACAGGCAGUUUAUCGGACAAUCAAGCUAAGUGAUCUUAAAUGUUCUUCAAAACUGGUCCAGGUGCCCACUAAUACUUUGUCACAAUUUUCAAAAAUAACACCCAAGAAGGAAUUGAUUGAAAUUGAAAUUUCAGGAGAAACUGAACAAGACGUAAAACCAAAUCUAUCGGAAUUAAAGUAUAUUCACACAGUACCAGACUUUGUCUCAAUUCCGAAAUCACAGACUGUAACUGCAGACACUGGUGCCACAUAUAGGAGGGAUAUAAGUAAUAUUCUUACUAAUAUGUCGACCAGACGGAGACAUGAUUCUGAUAACGAACCACCUGCAGAGUACACAACAAAGAGGAGGAAGCAUGCUGACAAAGUUGGGAAAGGUUUGAGGCACUUCUCUAUGAAAGUAUGUGAAAAAGUUAGAACCAAGGGUUUUACUUCAUACAACGAGGUUGCAGAUGAAUUGGUGCUGGAAUUUGCAGCUGGAAUGCAUGGCUCGUCCGACAGUCAGCAAUAUGACCAAAAAAACAUCAGGCGAAGAGUUUAUGACGCACUUAAUGUACUAAUGGCAAUGAACAUAAUUUCUAAGGAGAAAAAAGAGAUUCGAUGGCUUGGUCUGCCAACCAAUUCUGUACAGGAAUGUACUUCAUUGGAAAAAGAAAAACAGGAUAAACUAGAACAGAUACAGAAGAAAACACAACAGUUACAAGAACUUAUCUUGCAGCAUAUAUCAUUUAAAAGUUUAAUUCAAAGAAAUAAGGAUGCUGAGAACAAAGGUGUUAAACCAUCUCCUUCCUCAGCAAUACAUCUCCCAUUUAUUGUAGUUAAUACAAGUGACAAAGCUUUGAUUGACUGUAGUAUUUCUAAUGAUAAGACAGAAUAUAUGUUCAACUUUAAUAAGAAAUUUCAAAUCUAUGACGACAUAGACAUUUUGAAGCGAAUGGGCCUACUGUUUGGUUUAGAUAAGGGAGAAUGCUCGGAAGAAGAUAUUGAGAGAGCAAAAACUAUGGUACCCAAAUCGUUGGAGCAUUAUGUUGAGCAAAUGGGUAGAGGAGUAGUCACUAAAUUAUCAACAAUGCUCGAAGAAGAUCUCGAAGAUAUGGACGAGGAAGAUACAAUGGAAGGUGAGGCGGAGGGUGAAGCGGACGGGGAGGGGGAGGAGGCUGACGACCCCGACGGCAACGACUACAGCGACGACAGCAGCGAUGUCGACGUGUAGUGACUCUUUCACGUGUAUAUUUACUUAGAUGUUAAUUUUAACAAUAUGAGCUAAGCCUAUGCAAUAUGUUACUCGAGGAAGUGUGCAGUCUCUAAUUCGGAAAUACAACGACUUUCAGUACAAAAUUUCUAAUGUGUAGUUUUUUUCAUUAGUAGCUUAUAGUUAGCUACUCCAUUCGAGCAAAUGAAUAGCAGCAAGUGUUUUUGUGUUAUCUGUUUCUAUAAGAAGACAGACUCAGUCUGUAGUAAUUUGCAGUUUCUUAUUGACGCCCCGUUUCUGUUAUUUUAGUCUUAAGUUGGGAACGACAUCUAACUGUCAAAAAUCAUAAGACAUUUUACAUCAGUGCAUAGUUGUUAAAAUUUUAUUCCGAUCACAGUGUAUAAAAAUAAUAUCACGCGAUAAAUCGGUCUUCGGAACUUUUGGUCAUACUCUUGCCGUCAGCAUCAUAGAUUUAUUAUAUAACUAGUUGUUGCCCGCAGCUUCUCUCGCUGUUACCUCGGGUCUUUAACAAAUCCAAUAAUCGAGUAGGUAUUUAUCUAAUCAAAAUCGGCCCAGCGGUUUAUCCGUGAUUGCGUGACAUGUAUAACAUUUGUAUGGAUGGUUUACAUGGGAUCUAAUUAUUUAUCAUUAAUAAUUAUUAUGAAAAAAGGUACUUACAUAUAUGAAAGCUAAUUAUUGUCAUAAGACGGUUGAUUUGGUCGUUAUAUCAUCGGUAAACAGAUUGGAUAGUCUGCUGGACAGUUCAUAUUACAUAAGUUUAGUGCAUAAUAAUAUUGUUGCAAGGUGGUACUAUAUUCACACGUAAAAUGAGCAACUGCACACACUUGUCCUCGUCUUAUUAUUAUAUUCAGUGCCCUAUAGAAUUAAAUUGAAAUCAUUGAAAA